CUUUACAGUUUGGCGUCCUACUCGGUGACUGAGCCGAAGUUUGCCGAGUUUCUCUGUAACGUCGCUGUUAAAAAACAGCACUUUUUGUCAGCGGUGGUUGAAACGUCUUGUCUGACACCGUCUGUCGGGACCUCUCUGAGCUCCGGGCCGAACUUCGCAGCGUUUACCAGCCGUGUUGUAACGAAGCUAGUUGACGGAGACACGUAGUUCCCAGCGGCUAACGCCGUGUAGCAGCUAGCGUCAGCAGUUAACGCUAUCUCCGAACUGACGGGGAGUUUUCCUCCGCUCACCGUUAUCCGACUGUGACAGAGCCGAAACUUCCAACUGCUCUUUGGCUCGUUACUCGGCUUCUUUUUUUGGGAGCUUUCUGUUUUAAUUUGACAGAAACUCGUUGAAAAAAACUUCGAAACUUUCGAGUCAACUUGAGCGAAAAUGGAGCCCGAAAGCAGCAGCUCGUAGUUUAGAGGGGAAGAAGAACGGAAACCGUAAAAGUUAAUUUCUGCUUUUUUCAAACUGUCCGUUGGGUUUGAAAUACAUUUUCCAGGAGGUGAAGCAGGAUGUCCGGAGACUCCACCGUCAACUUUAACCUCCUGCACCGGACCUGUAAGCUGGUGGUGCUGCUGUGUUUACUCCAUAUCUCCGUCACUGUCGUCUUUUACGUCCGCUCUCUGGACAUCCGCUUCGCCUUCGUACAGAACCAGCAGUCCCGGAAUAAUGUCACUCAGCUGACCCGGCUCAGAAACACCGGGUUCACCUCCAGAGCCGAGCCAGAGAAAGACGGACCCGCGGAGGUCCAGCAGACGGAGGAGCCGAGACACCAGCCGGAGGCAGAGCAGCCGGUGAAGAAGCUGGAGAAAUGCCCGGAGACAUCACCUCUGCUGGUGGGUCCUCUGCGGGUGGAGUUUAACACUCAGGUGAAUCUGGAGCAGAUAAAGAAGGACAACCCCAACCUGCGGCCGGGCGGACGCUACAAACCCAAAGACUGUGAGGCGCUGCAGAAAGUCGCCAUCAUCAUCCCCUUCCGCAACCGGGACGAACACCUCAAAUACUGGCUGUACUACCUGCACCCCAUCCUGCAGAGGCAGCAGCUCGACUACGGCGUCUACGUCAUCAACCAGGAUGGAGAUGAGAUCUUUAACCGGGCCAAGCUGCUGAACGUGGGCUACAUGGAGGCUCUGAAGGAGUACGACUACGAGUGUUUCGUCUUCAGUGACGUGGACCUGAUCCCCAUGGACGACCGCAACACCUACAGGUGUUUCAGUCAGCCUCGACACCUGUCCGUGUCCAUGGACAAGUUUGGGUUCAGGUUACCCUACAAUCAGUAUUUUGGGGGAGUUUCCUCGAUGAGUAAAGAACAGUAUCUGAAGAUCAACGGCUUCCCCAACAACUACUGGGGCUGGGGAGGAGAGGACGACGACAUCUACAACAGGCUGGCGUCUAAAGGCAUGUCCAUCUCCAGGCCGAACAGCGAGCUGGGAAAAUGUCGGAUGAUUCGACACGAGAGAGACAAACAGAACGAGCCGAACCCUCAGAGGUUCGACCGCAUCGCUCACACCAGAGAGACCAUGUACAAGGACGGCAUCAAGUCUCUGUCCUACCGAGUGGUGAAAGUAGACAAGUUUGACCUGUUCACUAAAAUCACAGUGGACGUGGGGAAACCCUGACGGAGCGGCCGAGGUCAGGUGACCGGACGGGGAGACUGAUGCAGUAAAAACCAAACGCUGCCUCUGACACUUGAAUCUUUGGUUCUGGUCUGGAAGAUCAGACGCGCUGGACUCAAACAUCAGCUGUUUCUGCUGUUUUCUUUCAUUCUUCUUGUUUUUGCACAAACAGACAAACUGAAAGUUUGUGUUGUUUUCUCUCUGGGGCCUCGACUACUCGUCUCUGAUUGGACGCUGACUGAAACCAAUCGGCUGCCUCCGUCGGUCAGACGCUGCUGUUGCUGGGACACGUUCUGAACGACCCUUUUAUUUUGGAAACUGGUCAGACAAUCAGAGCAGCAACGAUCGGGGCUGCUGGGUCACAUGGUCCCACAUUUUACUGGUGGAGGAUUAUGGGUAUUGAGCAGGGCGUUUAGAUCUGGUCUGGUCUUGAUCCUGGUUCUGGUUCUGGUUCUGAAUGAAUCCUGUGACCAACUCGACUCACCAACCGACGACUGUAGCGUCUGAUAUGAAGAGUCACAUUCAAGUAAGAACUGAAACCAAAACUCAAGGACCUCUUACUUCCUGGGCUUUCGACCAUACCUCUGAGUCUGUUCAGAGACUGGCACCGGAUCAGGUCUGCAGAGUCCGGCCUGUGUUAAAGAUGAUCUCUGUUCUGACACUGAACAAAGUCCACUCUCUGAAGAUGGCAGUGAGAUACGAUCAAAAGCUCAGAGAAACCUGGUAAGUGGCCCUUGAGUGGAGAUGUUCACGUUCUGUUCCUGUUGAUUCUGCGUCUGAGCCGAAUGGUUGAAGAACCAAAGGAAAACUUUCAAAAACUUUCAGACUGUGAAUGUUAGCAAAAUAAAAUUCACUCAAGGAUCGCUGACUGGCCUGUUCUGGAGCUUUCAACCAUAUCUCACGGCUUUCCUCUGUGAGGUCAGGUUAAAAGCUCGGAAGUGGACUUUGACUCAAACCAGAACAUGAAGGAUCAGAUUUCAGUCUUUGGGACUGGACCAUGUGUUGGUUUGAGACAGAGACGUGUCCACCUGGACUCAGCACUGACGUGACACAGCUUUGGUCUGAGGGACCACAUGUCUCAGGUCGGUCCUAGUCCUCGGCACAGGUCUGCCUGGUUAAAGUUUGGACCUCACUGUCUCGUGUCUGUUAGAGUGAAGAUCCGCUGGAACCUGAUGGACUCGGUCGGGUUCGACAGGAACCGGAACCACGAGAUGCAGAUCAGACACGUUCAUUCAUCAGGCUGUGGAACCAGUUUCACCUCAGAACCAGAUCUAAACUCCCAGUCUGACAGCGUGUGUGUGUGUGUGUGUGUGUGUGUGUGUGUGGAUGGAGUUAUUGAUUAUCAGCUGUGAUCAGUGGUAAAUGUUUCUGUGCUCUAUCUUUUCACAACAACCCAAAGUUCAAGGAAACAUUUCAAACUGAACCUGGAUCAGUUUUAAACCAAAAAGCUCCUUUGAUUUUCAUCCUUCUCGUUCAGCUGCUGAAGAUGAUUGAUGAUCAGUUGAUCGAUUGGUUCAUUGAUUAAUGUCAGAAAACAGAGAAAAGUUCUCGUUUUGUCCCAGAAUCCAAAACGUUCAGUUCACAUGUGAGAAGCUUGAAAAACGACCAGAACUGUUCAUUUUCAGCCGCGUGAUCAGUUGAUCCUGAUCCGAUCCUGAAUCUGAUCCUGAUCCUGAAUCCGAUCCUGAAUCUGAUCCUGAUCCUGAAUCCGAUCCUGAAUCUGAUCCUGAUCCUGAAUCCGAUCCUGAUCUGAUCCUAAUCCCAUCCUGAAUCUGAUCCUGAAUCUGAUCCUAAUCCCAUCCUGAAUCUGAUCCUGAAUCUGAUCCUGAUCCUGAAUCCGAUCCUGAUCUGAUCCUAAUCCCAUCCUGAAUCUGAUCCUGAAUCUGAUCCUGAU